AUGGAAUCCCCCACUUCCUUCAAGUUUCCCUCAAAGCCAUUGCAGCCGCUCUCACCCGAGCGCGUCAGCAAUAUGCUGCCGGCUUCACCCUCACUACCUGAGAUGCACGCGUUUGGCCGGACGCAUGGGCGAACUAACAGCGACGUCCAAGGCCUGGUUAAGCGCUUCGAGCAUCUGGAUGUCCGCGAUCGCGACGCGGAGAACAGCGAACGGCGUAAGAGGCACGAGCUAGAGCUGCGUCGAGCUCAGAUCGCGCGCGAGGAGGCAGAGAGCGAUGUCAAGCGCUUGCGAGAAGAAGUGCGCCGUCUGAAGAAAGAGGGAGAUGAAGGCCGAGAACGAGAGAGAAAGGUUGGCAAGAGACUUGAAGUUGUAAUGGUAAGUCGCGCAACAGUCUCCGACACUCAUUGCAUAAGCUGCUGGAUGCGGCGGCGGAGGGCUAAUCAGUGCGUAGGAUGAGUACGGCCGAUUCAAAGAGACAUCCGCCUCGCAAACAUCUGUAUACGAGAAGGAAGUGCGAAAGGCAAAGAAGGAGGCGUUCAAGACGUCAUCGGCUGUGUUGAAGCUUCAAGAGGACUUGAAAUCGAUGAGGAACACACUUCGCGUUGCGCAGGCCAAUCUUGACAUGGAGAAGCGUAAGAUGCAACAACGGGAACAAGAGACGUUCGAUGCGCAGUAUCAGCUUGUCGCGGUGCAGGAAGAGCUGGAGAAGCUGCGAACUUGUAUGAAGGUGGUGGAAGAGGAGCGAGAUGCAUUGAAGACCAGUCUACAGAAGGAGGAAGUUGCACGGAUAGCGGCGGAAGGCAUGAUCGCACUGCCAGCCGCAUCUCAAGAUGACGAUGACCUGAUGAGUUCACCAAAGAAGUCGCCGCACAAGCGGCAAGGAUCCCCUCUGUCAGACGAUAAAGAAAACGCCGGAAUCGUAACGAAGAAGAUGAUGGAUACCAGACGGAUGCAACAAGAGCUGGCGAUGGAGAGACGAAGACGAGAGCAUGCGGAGGAGCUUGCAGACUUCCUGAAGAUGGAGUGCCAGUUCAACUGCUGUGGCUGCAACACUUCCGAACGCCAUGGAUCGCUCAGCCUUUCGAACGCAUUCAACGAAGCCAUGGAAAAUAUCAGAAGCACGAUGAGGGAGGUCUUCGCGCCGGUGACUCAAGACCCGGAAAUUCCGGCGGACGUGGAGAUGGAGCAAGCGCCUGAGCCCGAUGUAGCAGACCACCUAGAGCGCAGUAUGACCUUGGCUCAUGAGUCUCCGGAGGAAGCAAUCGAGGAUGAACCCCAGCCAGAAACGCCAAGAGCACCGCCUGCAACUCCGAUGGAGCCAGAAGACGACGACGCUCUGACCGAAUCUACGACCAAAGUCGCGCUUGCCCCUUCCAGUCCGCAAACACCCGCACAAGCUCAGCCUCCUACACCGUACCGGCAACUGGGAUCGGUACGAACGAUUACCACUACCACCACUGUUCCCAUGCAUUUUACACCUGCUAAGCCUGUCUUCAACAGUUACCAGGAUGCUGAGGACAUUCCUCCGACUGUGCUCUCGCCUCGAGAACGCUCUGGCUCAGCACCAUCAUUCGACCGAGAAGCCGCUCUGGCAGCCAUCGCGUAUCGACGUGGCAGAGCGAAGUCGAUGGCAAAUGGACACGUCACACCCCGCAAACAGAUGAUUGAAGGUGUGAGUAUGAAGGAGAGGCGAGACAUCAGUGCUCCGGCGCUGGGUGCCAAGCAGAAGAAUAGAGAGGCUACAAACGCUACGAAGGGAUCGGCUAGUGUAGGCCGCGGAGUGCCUGGGUCUGCUGGGCGGAGACUGGGCUGA